AUGUCGCAAGGACACUCGACGCAGCAAUUGCUGGAGCUGCGACGCAUCCUGCUGCUGACCGUCUAUAGGAACACAUUGAAUCAGCUGAUCCUGCAGCAGCGUUCGCAGCGCUUAAAUGCCCGGAAACCGCUUUCGUUGCCCGCUUCCCUGCGAAGGCGACGCAGUUCGUCGAUGGGGGAGCAGGAGAGGCCGGAACGCGUACUCAUUACGGGCAAGGUGCUGCCGCGACUGGAAUCCCUGCUGGGUGAGCAGGAGAACGAUGCCGAUCUGCUUGAUGAAGAUGUCCUAGAUGCGCUGAAAUUCGAGAGGGAUAUGGAUGCGCUGCGAGCGAUUUUCGAAGUAGCCAUGAAUGAUCCGAAGUUGGCAGAGAAAAGUUAUCCCCAAGAUCAGGAUGUAGAAACUAAGGAGGAGAAAGAAACAAAUGUAGAAGGUAAAGAUGAAGAUGAAGCUCAGCUGGAUUUUGGGGGUAUGAAAAUUAUGUGUCUGCAAAUCAAUGAACAUCAAAAACCCUUUGAGGAUGCACAGUUCGAAGUUAAGAAGGAUGCAUUUAGGGAAGAGAACGUGGAGUCCUUCGAUGACAAGGACAUGGCAAACCUUCAGAUUGAAGUGAUAGAAGCUCCUUGUCUCGAUGAUAAGGGUCUGGAAAACAUUAAGCAAGCGAUUGCCGCCUUGUGUGGCAACAAAAGUGAGGAGUCCCAGGCUGCCCAGCAGCUGCAGGAGGCCAAGGAUGAACUAAAGCAACUCAAGGUGGACCUCGAACGCGAAAAGUGUGUGACCAAGGACAAGCUGCAGGAUCUGGAGGAGCGCAUUGCCGACACCAAGUACAAGCUGCGCUGUGUCUCCCGGGUCAAUGACCUCGAGUACAGCCUGGUGCAGCGCUGGGAGGAGGGUCGCCUGGCCCAAGGAACCAUUUGGGGUGAGAACGCCGAGCGGGCGUACUUACGCGACAUUUUGGACAUCAAGCAGAAGCUAUCGCGCGAGGAGCGGGUAAGUGCCGAACUCCGCUCCUUUCGCCAGCGAGAGAUCCUGGAGCUGCAGGCCAAGAUUAAGGAGUGGCAGGAGCGCUAUGUCAGCGAGAUGCGUCGCGUGGAUCGCGAAGCUGAAGCCUGGGAGCUGCGCAUCCUCGAGCAGAAGAAACUGCUGCAGAAGCACCAAGAGAUCUACGAGGAGCGGAUGACCUAUGUGCAGGAGUAUCGCGCCCAGAAGGCGGAGGAGCAGCGACUCCUGGACCUGCAGAUGCAUCGCAUUGAGUGCGCCGUUCGACUGCAAUCCUGGUGGCGUGGCACAAUGGUGCGACGCGGAUUGGGUCCAUUCAAGAAGAAACCCAAACGCGGCAAGCGGGGCAAGCCCAAGAAAUAG